AAGAAAGGGUGAUGCUGCGAUCCCCGAAAGUGAAUGUUCUACAAGCUCUUUUAUAAUGGCAGGAACAACUCAAACGCAGAUCGAUGAUGCCAUCUACCCCAAGGGGAAAUGGAUCAAGGUGCUGGACAACAAUUUCCAUCUAGACCUUACAGUGUUCAAGUGCCAGAACCCAGUGGUUCCAGCAAUCAUGAAAGGUCACUAUCUCUGGCCUGCACUUCACAACACAAAACCAGUGCCAGAGAUAUACCUACAACAGUUCUGGGGUCAUAUGCAUACGGAAUCACCGAAGGAUCGCUCAAAGAAAAAGACCAAAUUGAACGGCAUGCGGGUGAUUCUGACACCAUCCACUCUACGGGCUACUCUAGCGCUGCCAAUCCAUGACGAGUACGAUGCGUUGCCGUCCAUCCCAGAUCUACU